AUGCCACACAGUCACCACUCACAUUCAGGCCAAUUCUGUGCCCAUGCAAAGGGAACACUCGAUGAAGUAGUUCGUGCCGCCAUCGACAAAGGAUUUCACACAUAUGGAUUGAGUGAACAUUGUCCUCGGUACCGCGACCAGGACCUUUACCCUGAGGAGACUGCAGCGGGCCUCGACCACCAAGCCCUCACGACCACUUAUGAACUCUUUCUGAAGGAAGCCCAUCGCUUGCGCGUGUUGUAUGCAUCGUCGAUUGAUCUCCUGGUCGGUAUCGAAACGGAGUAUAUCACAGAGCUCGAUCUGCAAGGCACUGCUCAGCUCCUCGCGCGAAGUGGGGAUGGGUGCAAGAUUGACUACGUCGUAGGCUCAGUUCAUCAUGUCAACGAGAUCCCGAUCGAUUUUGAUGAGCCGACAUUCGAGCGUGCAAUAGCGAGCUUCGGGUCAGCAGAUGCGCAGGUCAACACAACUGCUUUCUUGUGCAGUUACUUUGACAACCAAUACGAGCUCAUGACACGUCUCAAGCCGCAAGUGAUCGGACACUUUGAUCUCUGCCGACUUUAUCGACCGAACCUGAAAUUCGAGGAGUACGAGAGUGUGUGGGAGAAGAUCAAGCGAAACGUCGACUAUGGGGUAGAGUAUGGCGCGCUGUUCGAGCUCAACGCAGCUGCGUUUAGGAAGGGAUGGGAGACAUCAUAUCCAGGUCCCGACGUGCUGAAUCUAAUCAUCCAAUCCGGCGGACGACUCUGCCUGUCCGACGACUCACACGGUCCGCAAGCAGUUGGGCUGAAUUAUCAUCGUCUCCCAGGCUACUUAGAAGCUGCUGGUGUGAAAGAGCUUUGGUAUCUCAAGCGUGUGACAAAUUCAGAUACAAGUAAGGUAGAGGCCUGUCGGUACGAAAACGAUUGGGCGUUAGAUCCCUUCUGGACAAUAAUACAAAAUUCUUGA